UGACUCGCGUGUGUCCUCGUCGUCCUUCAGUCUUGCCUCCACUUCCAUCCGGACUUCAUCUUCGAACUCGAUAAUCGCGCGACUAUGCGCUACUUGGUUUUCCAUCUGGCUCUCACCUAAGUAAUUUCAGAUUAAAAUAGCGACAUCUUCUUCACUCACACCCUUUACUGAAAUCCACGGAGCCAUGAAGAAUCCAUGAAAACCGGUGAAACGCAUUUGCGCGGAAAAAUUUUGCGGUUUCCAGGUCCGCUACAUGAAUGCCAACAAUGAAACCUGUACAGAUCCGCAUAAUUCAAGUGAGGAUAGAAAAGAAAAUGUCGAGAACAAGGAUGAAAAUUUCGGAGUGGAAGUGGUGACAAAGACCGACGCAAAAGAUUGUGAUAUUAAACCCCUCGAAGAGGGACCACAGUGUUCAGAGAAUAAAACCGAAUUGCCUUUAGAACUGCCGCCGACACUUCACGAACGAUUUUCGCGUAUCAAGCAAACCGUGAAGGCCGCUAUAGCUGCUCAUCACACGUUCAUGAUUUAUGGCAAGUCACGGGUCAUACGCGAUUGCAUGUUGAAAAGAGGAUGGUGCGAGAAGUUUUAUCGCAGAAACAGCGGUGCCGACCAACACUUCAGCGUCGAUUCCAGUCCAGUAGUUCUACUGGCUGGCAUCGGCGAGCUAAAGGACCAGCAAAGUGGGUAUCUACUGAUAUCGAGAAUGCUCACGAAUCGCACCGUCGACUUUCUGUGGAACACGGGGUCCGACUGGCCCGGCUGGCCCGCGCAGGACAACAAAACUACUGUGUUCAAUCGAUACUGCCGCGCUGGCUUCACGUCCAAGGUGGGCCUGUGCUCGAGCGUCAGACAAAUGCACUGGUAUUACGAAGCUGGCGUGGCAAACACUCUGUUUCCGCGCUGCUACAACAUAUGUCAGAGCGAUCAGAUGCACGCCUUCAUCGAGGACUUUCGGCUCACGAGCUGCUUGAGUCUCUUGAAGUGGUUGGUGGACAAAGUCAAUGGCGAGGACGAAAAUGUCGUGCGUUCGCCGACCGGUACGAUACCUCUCAAGGCCCUCGACUUUGCGAUCAAGAGAUGCAGCGAUUACAUCAGUGCCCAGUCGCACGAAGAUAUCGAUCAGGAAGCUGAGACAGUCUGGUCUCAUCAGUGGGAUCAGUUCAUCAGCUGGUAUUAUCAGAUUAUUCAUGGUCAAGCUCUCUUCGUUCAAACCAACGUGCCUUUUAACAAAUACGUCCUGGCCUCGAAGCAUAUAUUGAAAAAAAUGAGAAAGCAUUGGCCGCAAAUAGACAUGGACGGCAUAAUGAACGUCUGGAUCCUGAAACCCGGUAACAAAAGUCGAGGACGAGGAAUCGUGUUGAUGAACAAAGUGGAGGACGUAGUGGCGAGAGUAAACCCAACAGGCAAAUCGGACACGCGAUACGUUGUGCAAAAGUAUAUUGAACGGCCGUUGCUGAUUCACAAUACAAAAUUCGACAUAAGACAGUGGUUCAUCGUGACGUGCGCCCAACCCUUGACUCUGUGGAUGUAUAGGGAAAGUUACCUCCGAUUUUGCUCGCAAAAGUUCAGCCUGGACGAUUUUCACGAAUCGAUCCACCUGUGCAAUCACGCGAUUCAAUGCAAAUAUAAUAACUGCGGCGACAGGGACCCUGCUCUACCCGCGGAAAAUAUGUGGGACGUCACGACAUUCAAGGAAUUCCUCAAGUCUCAAGGUCACGAGGAAGCAUGGGAUGAGCUGAUCUACCCCGGGAUGAAGCAAGGUCUAGUGGGCUCGUUACUGGCCAGUCAGGAAGCCAUGGAUCGACGGAAAAAUAGUUUCGAGCUGUACGGCGCUGACUUCAUGGUGAUGGAAGACUUCUCCGUCUGGCUGAUCGAGAUCAACAGUCAUCCGGACAUGAGUUACUCCACCAGCGUCACCGCGCGAUUAUGUCGACAAGUGAUGGAAGACACCAUCAAAGUCGUAAUAGAUUUUCGAGAAGAUAAGAACGCAGAUACGGGAUGCUUCGAGUUGGCGUACAAGCAACGUUUGCCGAGCUGUCAACCAUACUUGGGCACAGCUCUGUCGCUUCAGGGUACUCGUAUCAUUACCGAAAAGAAAUCAAAUCUGAGUCAGGAUUCCAGGGUCAGCUUAGCUGCAAAGUUUCCGGUGAUGAAAAAGAAGUCGAUGGUGCACAGUAACAUCGGGCCAGUGAUCGUCGAUCUUAUAGAGGAACUAGAACUCCAUCUCGAUCAGGAGUUGUUGUCUUACCAACUAGACUCGCCCAAGCUGAAGCGGGCUCUUCCGGCGACUGCACCGGCUAAAUCAAAAACGUCGAUUUCUGAUGAGAAGGUGGAAACUGUGAAGAAGAGCACUUCGGCGGGCACGACACCUAUGACAAAGUCAUCAAUCAACAUUCAGACCAAAGCUUUGAACAAUGGAAAAAGUUCUUCGCAUAAACUGACACGGAAGUCACGUACGUUUGCUAAUACCGCAAGUAGCAAACCGGACGCGUCACCGGUGAGGCAAACGUUGAUCUCGAAGAUCAUGGCUCUUCAGCAGCAAACGACAAAUACGGCGUCUAAAUCGGAGAAAUUGUCGAAGAAGAACGAAGAGAAGAUUAUCAAAACUGCGAUGCGAGAUGCCGUGAAGAAAUACAAGAGAAACGUGACGAUGCCACCGGAAGUACAACCACUGCCGUCUUCUCUGCUUACGCAUGCUGCCAAAGUGACAGCAAUGUCGACAACUAAGGGCAGAACUAGGAGUUUCCCGAAGAAACACACGCACCACAAGAAGAACAAAGUUCUGAUGGACAUCACCGACAUGUACGCUGUCGGUUUGGAUGGCUGGGAGCAGAUUGAAAAGUUAUUGCGAACUCCUGCGGAUCUCGUAUGGUACACAAGCAAGAAGCCGUUUAUAAGAGUGAAUGAGAAGACCAUCGUGAACAGAUUCGCUGGCAGCUAUUUUACCUCGAAGUCUGCACAAGUGAAGGAGUUUAUACAGGACUAUUACAUUACCGCGUGUUUCGGAAUGUUAAAAUGGUUUUUGCUGCUCGCUAAUCUGGUAGGAGCUAGAAAUACCUGGUCACCGAACGGAACAAUUCCCAUAAACGCAAUUACAUUUGCUUCGGAACGCUGCGUACAGUAUUUAAGUGUUCAAAUGCACGAAGAUAUAGAUCGCGAGGACAAUGAGAACGCACCUCCUUCUGCUUGGCACCAAUUUCUGGAUUGGUUCCAUAAAAUAAUAUAUGAGCGCGUUUUGUUGAAAGAAAGCGAUGAAAUUGAUAUAAAUGCGCUUGUAACAGAUGCACGAAACAUAGUAAGAACAGUGCUAAAAUACCGGCCACAAAGCAAGAUCGAUGGUAUACGUAACAUCUGGAUCUUGAAACCGGGUAAUGAUAGUUUAGGACGUGGAAUCGUACUGAAAUCUUGUCUGGUCGAUAUUCUCGCCAAAAUCAAUCAAACAGCGAAGGAAAGUGCACAGUACGUGAUACAAAAAUAUAUAGAGCGGCCGUUGCUUGUUCACAAAACGAAGAUAGACGUCAGACAAUGGUUCCUGUUAACCAGUACGCAGCCUCUUGUCGUGUGGAUGUACAAAGACAUUUUAAUACGAUUCGCGUCGAGAGAUUUCACUCUCAGCGAUUUCCACGAGUCCGUGCAUUUGUGUAACACGACUGUUCAGCUAAAGUAUCGCAAAUUAUCAAGAUGCAAUCCCGACUUACCUGAAGAACUUCACUGGGAUCUUCGACAUUUCAAAGAUUACCUCCAAUCGCGCGAUCAAGGAUUGGCUUGGGAAAGAAUUAUCAGGCCAGGAAUAAAGCAGAAUCUGAUAGGAGCACUUCUGGCGUCUCAAGAUAACAUGGUAAAUCGCAAAAACAGUUUUCAGUUGUACGGCGCCGAUUUCGUAGUGGCGGAUGAUUUUUCCGUCUGGCUACUGGAAAUAAAUACAAAUCCUCGAUUACACCCGCCAAGCAGUGAAGUCACCGCGAGACUCUAUCCCGAAGUCAUAGAGGAAGCGAUGAAAGUGAUCUUAGACCGACGUAAAGAUAAAAAAGCACCCCACGGACGAUUCGAAUGCAUUUACAGACAACGCAACCCGUUCUGCGGCGUCAACGUCUUGGGACGAGGCACUGUGCUCGGCAUUCGCGGCAAGAGUUUAUUCGCGACGCCAAAAUCGCCACGUGAUUCAUGACGUACGAACGUACAAAAGACGUUUCUCUGAAAGCCUGUUUCGCAAAAAGUUGUUCUUGAAUCUCCAUCGCAAUUCGACUGAUUGUAAUGCGAGUAAUUUUGCAUUAGCAUAUAAACAAAGCGCUGUAAAAUCGCCAGUUACGCAUGAUGAGGAGGUACACAUACGACCUAGCGAAAAAAUCUCUAAAGAUCACAAUUUAUUAAAAACGUGUUUAUUUUUACAAGUAACAACUGUGAUAGAUAUACAAUUCUGUACGGGCAAGUGUUUCUUUCGUCACAGAACAAUACGUACACAUCGUUACAUGAUUAAAGUAGAAUCAUGUCACGCUCACAUUUAUACAUUAUUCACGUAUAAAAUCACCGUAUUUUUGUAAAUUCUGCUGUAUUAUCCCUUUGCUGAGUUUCUUACUGAAAAAUCAUGUUAUACUAUCAUUUUGAAAAAAU